GUGACAGUAAAUAACCUCCUCGCUGCCGGAAAGUGAGGGUUUGGGCCACAGGAACAGUAUCAGGGCCUCUGUCUGCCCCCCAUUCCCCCGAUCCCCCCGGUUACACUGGUGCCCCCGGGCCUCGGGUUGUAGCGCGGAUCUGCCCCCGGGUGUAUGCGUGGGUGGGUACAGGCGGCCGCCAUGACCCAGGCUGAGAAGGCAGAGCCGGAGAACGGGAAGGAGAAGGAAAAGGAACAGCGGGGGGUGAAGAGGCCGAUUGUGCCGGCGGCGGUGCCGGAGCCCCCACAGGAUCCAAUACAGAGCGAUUUCAUUGUGGUGAUCCACCCGGGAUCCAGCAGCCUCCGCAUUGGCCGAGCCACCGACACCCAGCCCGCCGGCAUCCCCCACCUCAUAGCCCGGAGGCACCGGCAGGGGGGCCAGCCCACCCACAGGGACAAGUGGCUACUGAGAGACGGCCUGAGUAAACCAGAAAGCAACGAACAAAGACAAAAUGGGUUGAAAAUGGUGGAUCAGGCAAUUUGGUCCAAGAAAAUGUCGAAUGGAACCAGGCGGAUCCCAGUGAUGCCGGAGCAGGCUCGCGCUUACAAUAAACAAAUCCGACCUGCAAUAUUGGAUCACGACUCCGGUGCCAAAUGGACGGACACAUCACAUCACCCAGAAUACCUUGUAGGGGAAGAGGCACUGUACGUGAAUCCAUCAGACUGCUACAAUCUUCACUAUCCCAUCCGGCGGGGCCAGCUGAAUCUACACUCCGGGCCUGGAGGUUCCCUCACCGCGGUACUGGCCGAUCUGGAAACCAUUUGGUCCCACGUCCUACAGAAAAUGCUGGAAAUCCAAUUGAAAGAUCUGAAGUAUUACAGGUGCAUUUUGCUCAUCCCAGACAUCUAUAAUCGGCAGCACGUAAAGGAGAUGGUGAAUAUGUUACUGAUGAAGAUGGGCUUUUCCGGUAUCAUUGUACAUCAGGAGUCGGUUUGCGCCAUGUACGGCAGCGGCCUGAGCAGCGCUUGUGUAGUGGACGUCGGGGAUCAGAAGACGAGUGUUUGCUGCGUGGAGGAUGGAAUCUCCCAUAGGAACACCAGGCUCUGCUUGGCAUACGGCGGCAGUGACGUCACAAGAUGUCUCUAUUGGCUGAUGCAGAGAGCGGGAUUUCCCUAUCGAGACUGCCAGCUGUCUAAUUACCUGGACUGUCUGGUCCUGCAGCAGCUGAAGGAGAGCUUUGCGCAUCUAGACCAGGUGGGGGCGCUCUCGCUGCUUUCGUGUCGAUGCCCAGAGUGCGGGACCCGUCGGGCACCCAGUGUGACUGUUCUGUUCUCAUCGCAGGAUAUUUCGGGACUUCAGGACCAUGAGUUCCAGGUUCGACACCCGGCGGCUCCGGCCUUGCUCUACCAGCUGAGACUUGGGGAUGAGAAGCUGCAGGCACCCAUGGCGCUUUUCUAUCCGGCCACGUUUGGGAUUGUGGAGCAGAAAAUGACCUCCAUGCAGCACCGAUCGCACGGCGACCCAGAAGACCCGCACGACGAGCAUUACCUGCUGGCAACGCAGAGCAAACAGGAACAGGCAGCUAAAGCAGCCGCUGACCGGAAGGCCCUGCCCAAGGCCAGUCUGUAUGAGGAGGGUCGGGCCCAGGAUAUAUCAGACAGGGCCCAUAUGCAGGAAUCGGAUCUCGGAUCCUCCCAGAACGACUGCUUGAUCUCUGGGAACGACUCGGAGGAGCCCCCGGCGGCCAUGUUUAGCAGGAAGACGGCGGUGUCCCAGUUUGAAGGGAAAGCGCUGGGGUUGGACAAGGCCAUUCUACACAGUAUCGACUGCUGCGCCUCGGACGACACCAAGAAGAAGAUGUACGGCUCCGUCCUGGUGGUUGGGGGGGGCCUGAUGUUCCAUAGAGCCCAGCAGUUCCUGCAGCAUCGGAUCCUCAACAAAAUGCCCCCCUCGUUUCGGAGAGUCGUAGAUAAUGUCGAGGUGAUCACGAGGCCAAAGGACAUGGACCCCCGCCUGAUUGUAUGGAAAGGGGGGGCCCUGCUGGCCUGUCUGGACACCACCCAGGAGCUGUGGGUCUAUCAGCGGGAAUGGCAGCGCUUCGGCGUCCGUAUGUUACGGGAACGAGCGACUUUUGUCUGGUGAUUUCCAUUCGCUUUCUGCCCGAUGUACAGCGUGUUUUAUAGGUUAUUUAUCAACCCCCCCAUUGUACAAAUAAAUACCCCUUUCCAUCCCCG